GGAGGUGAGGAAACGUCGCUAUCAGUGCCAUACGACUAAACAACACCUUCAUCCCAUUGGUGUGCUCUUUCCCCUCCAGUUCUUCUUCUCCACUGACUGGUUUCGGGAAUCACGCUCUCCUCUCGUCACAAACAAGAGUGUUCUGGGGCCAUAUGGGGCUGAGGCAUCUCUUCGGGGUCACUUGCUUGUGGACCCUCUCGUGUGCCUUGCUUCUUGGCGCUUCCUCUGAUGGCUUGCUGAGGAUCAACCUGAGCAAGAAAAGGCUGGACAGUGAAACUCUGUCUGCCGCAAAGUUGGCAAGGCAGGAGAGAUCAGAUGGUGGAUCUCGCCGCUAUUUCGGCGUUUCAGGCGAUGACAUAGUUCCUCUGGACAACUACCUUGACACCCAGUACUAUGGAGAGAUUGGUGUCGGCACACCGCCACAAAACUUCACAGUGAUAUUUGACACCGGGAGCUCCAACUUGUGGGUUCCAUCGUCGAAAUGCUAUUUUUCGGUAGCAUGCUACUUGCACCAUAAGUACAAGUCAACCAAAUCGAGCACUUACAAAAAGAAUGGGGAAGCUUGCACAAUUAGCUAUGGCUCUGGGUCAAUUGCUGGCUUCUUCAGUGAGGACAGCGUGUUAGUUGGUGACCUUGUUGUAAAAAAUCAGAAAUUUAUCGAGACAACCCGUGAAGAAAGUCCUACUUUUAUCAUCGGAAAGUUUGAUGGUAUACUUGGGCUUGGAUUUCCUGAGAUAUCUGUGGGAAGUGCCCCUCCAAUUUGGCAGAGCAUGCAAGAGCAGAAACUGAUUGCUAAGGACAUCUUCUCGUUCUGGCUUAACCGUGACCCCGAGGCGACCGCAGGAGGUGAGCUCGUCUUUGGGGGAGUAGACAAGAAGCACUACAAGGGGGAACAUACAUAUGUUCCUGUCACUCGCAAAGGCUACUGGCAGUUUGAAAUGGGUGAUCUUCUUAUCGAUGGCCAAUCAACUGGCUUCUGUACUGGCGGUUGCGCUGCAAUUGUUGACUCGGGGACAUCACUGCUCGCUGGCCCAACAACCAUAGUGGCCCAAGUCAACCAUGCAAUUGGAGCUGAGGGUAUCAUCAGUACAGAAUGCAAGCAGGUGGUGAGAGAGUAUGGAGAGAUGAUCCUUGAGAUGCUUGUAGCACAGACAAGGCCACAAAAGGUGUGCAGUCAAAUCGGUCUCUGCGUGUUUGAUGGUAGUCACUCUGUCAGCAACCCAAUUGAAUCUGUUGUCGAGAAAGAGAAACGGGGUUCUGAUCUUCUCUGCACUGCCUGUGAGAUGGCUGUUGUCUGGAUACAGAACCGGCUUCGACAAAACCAAACGAAAGAGCUCAUCUUGCAGUAUGUGAAUCAGCUAUGUGAGCGUCUCCCGAGCCCAAAUGGAGAAUCAACUGUCGAUUGCCAUCAGAUCUCGAAGAUGCCUAAUCUUGCCUUCACCAUAGCUAACAAGACAUUCAGAUUGACGCCAGAGCAGUAUGUGGUAAAGCUGGAGCAGUCAGGUCAGACCAUUUGCAUAAGCGGGUUCAUGGCGUUCGACGUUCCACCCCCUCGUGGCCCGCUCUGGAUACUCGGAGAUGUCUUCAUGGGCGCGUACCACACUGUCUUUGACUUUGGCCAGAGCAGGAUUGGGUUCGCCGAAACUGCGUGAGGCGCUCUACAUCGUUCUUCGCGGUCACAGCGUGCAUACAUAUGCCGUAUAUUUUUUUCCAAGCGAUCCACACGGGAUCGAUUACAUAUGCCGUAUAUAAGUUGCGAGGUCAAGUAGAAACCUAGUAGAAAGGAAUACACAGAUUUAUGUAUACAUAAUUUCUCUGGCUGGCUGCUACGUACUGGUCCUGCAAACAGUACACGAUAUGAGGUUUAUGUAACGAGCACGGUGAAUCAACUUUUUUUUUCCUUUUUU